AUGUGCAAAUCUGCAUCAAAGUACCAGCCUGGGGUUCAGAAUGUUCCCAAUGAUACUCCACUGGAGGACAUCCUUUUUCUGCUCAAGCGCGACGGGGGAGUCAUAAUCAAGGGGCUAAUUCCUGUCGAAGAUGUCGACAAAACUACCGAGGAGAUAAGACAUAGACUCGAUCAAGACUUGCCUUGGGAUGGCGAGUUCUUUCCAAAGGAAACGCGGCGGGCACCAUCCAUGAUCGCCCUCAGCCCUACGUACACCAAAACCCAGCUCAUGAAUCCCGUUUUUCAAGCUGUUUGUGAUCACUUCCUUACCACGCGCAGCUGGUUCUGGUGGGGAGACAAACGCAAAGAGUCGGUUUCCAAGCCCUACGCUAUGUCCUGCACCGCCAUGGAGAUUGGGCCCGGUGGAAAGGCGCAACCUUUGCAUCGCGAUUCCUUUGUGAACCAUAAUAUCCUGAGCGAGAUCGACGUGUGGGACGAUGCUCGUGAUGCGAACCGAGAAUCAGCAGUUGGAAUGAUGGUUGGAGGUUGCAAGGUCACCAAGGAGAACGGGGCUACCCAAUUCAUUCCGGGCAGUCAUCUAUGGGACUCGAACAGACAGACCCCUCCCCUCCUGAAAGACUGUGCUUUCGCUGAGAUGGAGAAAGGGGAUGCCUUUCUUAUGAUGGCUUCUGUUUAUCAUGGCGGAGGAAACAACACAACCUCGGACCAGAGGCGCCUCGUGUACUCAACGUUUGCCACUCGAGGCUAUCUGAGACAGGAAGAGAACCAAUUCCUGGCUGUCCCCCAAGACGUCGUGAGGAAGUAUGACCGAGCUACGCAGAAUUUCAUCGGCUAUGCCAUCAGCGAACCGGCUGCAGGACAAGUUCAGCAACUGGAUCCGAUUUACGUGCUUUACCCUGAGUUGCUGAGCAAAACUAGGCCCACUGACUUCUAG